AUGGCCGCCGUCCAACAAACACAUAUCUGACAGCAUAAACUUUGAAAUAUUUUCUUUUUCAAUGAACGAAAUACUUCAAAAGCAUGGUUGUGCGAACGUGUUUUCAGUUCCUGAAGGACUUAAAGAGUUAAUGUCCGAUAUUACAAGAGAGGUUCUACGGGAACAACCGGACAAGAUCUUCGAUUUUAUAGCAAAUUAUCUGUCUGUAUUGCUCAUUACUCGCGAACACGGCAUCCUGGCUGUGAGGAUCUUGGAUGAUCUGUGUGACUGCCGACCUUCGGUCUCAGAGCAUCUACUGCUGAUAGGGAUGGAGAGGAAUCAAGCGGAAACCUUGGCGCAGGUCAUCAAAACAGAAAUUGUGGAGUUCGAACCGACUGAAGGAAAAGAAAAAAUUAAAGAGUCUUUAAUACUAAAGAAAAUAUUAACGAGAGCAACACUAGAUGAAGAUAUGGCUGCAAAAGUAUGUCAGGUUGCCAGAAAUGCAUACCGAGAUUACUGGUAUAGAAAGAAGUUAAUGGAACAAAAUUUAAAGGUGCAACCAGACCAACCUUGGGAGAUUGCUGCAGAGCACACAUUGGCGUUAUACAAGAAAACCAAACCAUCGUUGAGUGAACUGACGAGAGCCACUCAAAAAAUACAAGCGGCAUAUAGAGGAUAUCACGUGCGCAGAAAUUUACUACGACACUUAAAACCGAAACCCAAGAAAAUGGGACCAAAGGUAGAUUUACUAGGACCACCACUGGACGUGGCAGAUUCCAGGGAAAUUGAUCUUGGACCUAUAAUUAACAUACAAGUUCGCAAGGAUGAUGUCGGUAAAAUGUUUGAAAAACACGCCGCUGAACAACUUGGGCUUCUAUAUGACCCUAUGAGAACUAUCACUCACGUUGAUGACAAGGAAAUAUUAGAGGAAGAACAAGUAAAAACCGCUGAACCGCCUAGCAAAGCGCAAAAUCGUUUAUCAGAAUUGGAACCUAGUAAAGAAGUUGAAAUGCCAAGACAGAGUAAUUUCGACCCGGCAGCAUUAGGAAAUGUUAAGAGUCGUCAUUUGAGCAUUGUACCUGAACCUAUUCAUAUAGAUGAUAUAGCAACUCCACGUCAAUUAGAGUCCAAUAAAAAUUAUCCAUUGGGCCAAACACAUGAAGUUUCCGUGCCAAAAAAAACUAUCUCAGACCUGUCAAAGAAGAUUGUGACAGAAAACAUGGAAAAGUUGAAAGAUAUACCUGAUGCCACAAUAACAAUAACUAAUGUACCAGCAGAUCAGCCAAUAGUCGCUGAUAUAGCACAAGAAAUUCCUGAAGAUAUACCAGAUGACAGAACUGAUGGUGAUGGAGAAAGUGCACCAACUACGUCAAUUCCAUCAGCAACUCCAGAUACUGCUGACGGCACUGAUAUGGAAGAUGACGGUAUUCUUGACACCACUGGAGAAGACGAUGAAGGAGCUUAAGCAAUAUUUUACCCAUGCAUUUAUUAAACUAUUAUGAAUUAUGACAAAUUUAUUUAUUAUAGCGAAUGUUUUUAUAUUAGAAAAAUUGAUACUACAAUUUUUAACACUAUGUAACAAUAGGUUAUACAAUAGAUAAUAAUUGCUGUUGUGUUGUAUUUUGAAGACGUAGAAACCAGAAUGCGAUUUAGUUUUAAUAUUAGCGAUUUAUUGAGUAUGCCUAAGGAAGGAAAAGGAAGGAAAGUUAUGUUUUUUCGUAUUAGAUUAGUUGAACGCGGCCUUCUAGAUUUAUUUUAAUUAUCUGUCAAAAAUAGUAACAAUAAAUUGUUGAAAU